UUAUAUCUUCUACAACUUGUAAUCACAGACUUCGGCUACCCAGAAACAAGAUUCAGUAGCCCCGCCGCAUAAACUGAUAAUCCCUAAUCAGAGAUUCAUUACAAGACCUCAAAUCCUUGUUUCUUUCUGCCCAUUUCCAUUCGGAUUCGACACCAAGCUCCCUGCUACAUCCAAUGGAGCCGAAUCAUUAUCCAGACUCACUGUAAAAGAAGAUAUCUUACUGGUCUGGACAACAUUUUACCACUUUAACAAUACAUCAGGCCAUCUCUUUUGGUCGGAAAGCACCUGCUUUGCACUUAGGGACAAUCUUCAAAAGUUUUAGGUGCAAGAAAUUUCGGUUCCUAAAGAAAGAACCGAACCGAACUAAAUUAUUUCGGUUCGGUUUCGGUUCGGUCCAAUAAUAAUUUUGGUCCGGUUCGGUCCCAAAAAAAUUGCUUAUUCGGUUCUCGGUUCUUUCGGUUCGGUCCGGUUCCGGACCGAACCGACCGAAUGCUCAGCCCUACCCAUACCCUCUCUCCAACCAAACGACCCCUUAAAAUGAUUAACGAGCCCUGCCGUAUUAACUUAAAAGGGUAAAAUAAGCACUUUCUUCGGUUAUCAAACAGACCCUCAGUAUCAAGGUACCGCCUUCAACCUGCGCCCCUUGCUUCAUUGUUUCCGGGUACUUCGUCAGAUCACGAGAUUUCAAUCCGGUUAACGGGAACGUGAAUGAGAUGAUCCAAACUGCCCUUGCUUACGUGAACAAUGUAGUAUGAUUUUUUUGCUACUUGUGGUUAUGUGAAGCAGAGAUUCUUCAUAACUUGAUGUACGGCUUCUCCUCCUCCUCCGGUCCCGGCUACUCCCCUGCGGCUCCGCCCUAUUAUCCAUACAACUACAGCGGCUACUAUGAACCAGGUCCUGAACUAUGUCUUCGGUUUCCUGACAAAAGGGAGAGCGAAUCAUUAGAUGCUAGAUUUGAUCAAUCUCCGGUACUAAAAAAAAUUCUAGAUUACUAUGUUGAUCGAAAACCUUCCAGAGAUUCACUAUUGUUUUCUAAAGAUGAUCAGUAUGUCAAAACUACUGCCGAGAACAAAAAACUGUGGCGUAUCUAUUCCAAGAUUACACCUUCAGUUGUAUCCGUGUCUUCAUUUCUUGGCGUGGAGAGGAAAUUUGAUUGCUCAGGUCUCAUAAUAGACUGGAAUUCAAUUGAUAAUGAGGCAACCGUAUUGACUUCUGCAAAACUCCUUUGGAGUCCAAAGGAUACCAGUUUAGAAUUUCAUCUAAUUGUAAGAACGGCAGAUGGAACUUUGUUUCUUGCUAGAGAAGACUACGUGGACUAUCAUCAUAACCUUCUUACUUUGAAAAUCAAGUCCACAAUAGAACUAAAAGUUGUAGAUUUGAGAUGUAGGCAAGCAGAAUAUGUUGAACGGAUGAGUGUCAUUGCUCUGGGUCGUGAUUUUCAAACGUGCCUUCCAUUUGAUUAUGUAGGAGAACUAUCUCUUGCAUUCCCAAAUUAUGGUUGUGACGAGCUUUUGAUGUCUACUUGUAGAUUCUCUGAGAUUUGUGAAGGUGGACCACUUAUCACCGAUACUGGAUAUGUGAUUGGUAUUAACUUUAAGGAUGCGCAUUCACUUCCUGCACCGGUUAUCUUAUCAUGCCUAGAGAUGUGGAGGUCCUUUGGUACUGUUGUGCGCCCUUGGUUUGGAAUGAGCGUGGUUGAUGUGGAUCAAUUAUCUUAUUGUAUAUGGGAAAGAUAUAAUAUACCCGUUGAAGGGUCAUAUGUUGUCGUCAAAGAGGUAUUGAAAGGAUCAAUUGCUGACAGAAAUGAUGUACGUCACGGGGACUUGGUUUCUACAUGUAAUGGAGUUUCGAUACGAUCUGCCAAGCAGUAUUCCCAGUUAUUGUCUAAGGCAUCACAAGUUUUGUCAGCAUGUGCUGAUUCAAGCCAACAAAGUUUCACUGUUGUCAUAAAUCCAUUUGAUCGUCACACUGAUAAUAUUAGCAUCGAGGCUGAGCAAGUUUCGGUCGAUGACAAGAGGUUUAAUUAUCGUUGGCAGGGAAUUUUAUCUGGUGAAUGGAACAAGAUCGAUGGAUUGCUAAGAAAUCCCAGGCGCCUGCGGUAUGACCCGACUGUGCCUCACUAUGUACCAGGGGAGAGCAUGUAUUACCCGACUGUGCCUCGCUAUGUACCAGGGGAGAGCAUGUAUUACCGGACUGUGCCUCACUAUGUACCAGGGGAGAGCAUGUAUGACCCGACUGUGCCUCGUUAGCAUGGGCCGGUUCGGCUCGGUUUGUGGAUAAAACUGGAACCGCAACCAUAUACGGAUACUCGGUUUUUUAAAAUUAAAAACCGCAUUCGGAUUUGGUUCUGGUUUGAAAAUCCUUGAUUCGGUUAUAAUCGGCUCUGUUUUGGUUGCAAAACCAAUAAAUAUAAGAAUGAAAAAUAAUA